CAGAGUUAAUCGACACUCCUGAAAACGCAAUAACAGGCUUUAGACACGAAUUGUUACUGAACAGAGAGAAAUGGCUGGAGAAGGUGUUACAAAAGUAGUUAAGCGUUGCGAUCAAGCUAAGGAGAGUGGAAAGCUGGGUAAAGUUAAGACAUCUUUUAUUGCUGCACGUUCUCAAAACAUGUGGUCUGCAUGGCUCUCGGGUGACCCAUACACUAAGACUCGCACCAUGCGUGUUUGAAGAACGCAUUGAUACGUGGCUUAGGGCCAGGGGACAAUGACGACUUUUGGAAUAAAGCGCCGUAAUAAACUCUUAAUAAAUUGUCACAUCAUUUCGAUCCAUUCAGUUUAAUUUAUUGUUGAUUAACCAAGUUCUAAAUACGAGAAUGUCUUACUACUCGAAACAAGCUUUAUUAUCAUUCAGUUACGGUCUGCAGUUUUUUUUCCACACAUUGUAUCACAGAAUGUUUACAGAGUCAUUUGAAAGUCACUUUUUGUGCGCAAUAAAAGCUGGAUGCACUACUUCAACAUUUCUUUGAAAGGGGCAGUUUACCAGCAACUAGUAUACGUAAAGUAUACACGAGAUUUUCAGAAGUCAAUUUUCGUUUAUGAUACAAUCAGAAUGUGCAAACUGUUGAUACCUGCAGAUCUUUCCGAAUGUGAAUUGGUUCACAUACCCGAUGCUGUGUACAUGCUGAUGCGUGACACAGUCCUGGACAUCUGUAACCUAUCUGCCAAUGUCCUAAGACGUAUUCCGGCUAAGCUUGCCACCAAAUUCCCCAACCUCACAGAAUUACAUCUGAGUAACAACCAGUUGAGCAGCUUGCCGGAGGAGCUUCGUCAUGUAGCAGGUUUAACCUUGCUGGACAUUUCCCACAAUCACUUUGAAGCUCUCCCUCAAGUUAUCUAUCGUCUAGAAGCUUUGCGCAAGCUUAGGGCCGAGGAUAACAACAUUAAAGAAGUCAAUGUCACUCGUCUGAAGGCCAUCAGCUCCCUGACAGAAGUCAACUUUCAGGAGAAUCCACUCACAGAUGAAGUUCACCAUCAGCUGCUGGAGAUCCGAGUUAUCAAUAUUUUGGUGACGCCCAGAGACCCUGAGCUGGACACUGUUGACUAGCACUUAAAUGUCUUGUACAGAGGAUUAUGUCAUGCUUCAAGCUUGGCUGGCUGCCUUACACACAUUUGUCCAGUUUCACCAGGCUGCCUUUCUGUGAUAUAGCCUUAGUGCUGGCUCGGCGUAAAACACCAAUUCCUACUCACCCCACUCCAGUUUCACCCUACAAAGAGAUAUGUAAACUUGUCUCCACAGCAGGUCACCACGUAUGUUUAUCUUUGUAGUCAAUAUCCACCAAUAUGAAUCUUGCAGACUGAUAUUGCAGAACUACCUUUACCCUUGAUAUAAAUUAUCUAGUGAUUUUAAUAAAAUCUCAAAAAUUUAAUAGCUGUAUAAAAAAUAUUUUUGCUGCAUGCUGCAUAUCUCUUUAUUUUUAAAUGUUUUAUCUCUGGUCCUGUGGCAGUUGUGAUCUUAAUCUUUUUGUUGACUGACUUUAAUGCUUCUAGUGAAACACUAGUUUUUUAAUGCUAUUAUUAUUAUUAUCAUUGCCAACAUUACAGUAUUUAUUGAUGUUGAUUACAUCAUAUAAAGAUGGGGUGCUUCAAAUAGGCUUUCCCAUAAAUAUGACAUUUAGUCUUUUCAUUUAUUCAUCCCUUGGUAAAAUUACAUAAAACCAAUGAUUUUGUAUAAAACAUGGUUACCACAUUUGAAGGACACCAGGAACUUCUACUUGCAACAGUCAAGUGAUGUAAGCUGGUGUGGUUUGGUCAUGUGACCCAGCAUGACACUUUGUCAAAGAUUGUUCUUCAAGGUAUCUGGAGGGCAGUUGAUGGCACAUUGGCCUGAGGAAGAACUGGGCUACUGACAUCAAAGACUGGUCUGGUCCUCCUUUACAGGACCAUGAUCACUAUUGCUCAAAACAGGUGAGAUUGAUGGGCCUUCUCAGCUGCUGCAUCUAUCCAUGUGCUUCCCUCAAAGACAGGUACCAGCCAGGGGACAAAUGACUGAAUGACUCACUGACAAGCCAGGUAACAUGACUCAACCAUACCAAAUUGCACCGGUUGACCGCUGCAAGUAGAUGUUCCCGGUGUCCUACAAGUGUAAUGACUUAACUUCAUAUGAAGUCGGUGGUUUUAUGUUCCCUGUGAUCUGGAGCAGCCUCCUGAAGCAGUUACUCUCAAAUGCCUGGAUUCGCCUUUUGGUAUCGGCAAGCACAGUUCAGGUUUCAUACCCAUAAAGCAGGGUCAUGGUAAAUAUCGUAUUCCAUGCUAAAUCUGAUGUUAGGGCAACACCAGCUGCUUUCAACACCAGUUGCUUUUCCUCUUUCAUCAAGGCCCUCCUUUGGUCACAGAGAUCUAGGAUGUCAUUCCUGACCCAGCAAUGUUUCUUUUUGCUUUGUUGCCCUAGCAAUUUUCUUCGAAUGUUGACAAGAAGACCUUUUUGAUGUUUACAGCAUGGAUGUCCAUGUCUAUGUCCCAGUCCACCAUGUUCAGUGUGGCAAAUUUAACUGCAACUUUUGCCCUGAAGAUUUUGACAACUAUGUACAACCAUUGAAAGUUAGGUGUAAAAUACUAAUUUAAGUCAUUGACAUUGUGAAGUGAUGCACAAUAUUUGUUUAUGUGCCGCAGAAUGGUCAGGUUACUAAAUUACAUCAUACCGUGCAAGAACAAAUAAUUAAGGGAAGAAUCGAGUGAGAUUAGCCUAACCCUUUAUAACAGAUAAACUAAGCAUCCUCCUGCAUGUUUAACAGUAACAGAAACUUCCUGCUGCAUGUCAUGCUAGAGAUGAUUUUCAUUUGCAGCUUUUGACGUGGAUUUCCACCGCAGUAAAGUUACAUGACGAUCAAUACUCAUUAAACUCUACAUUGCUGUCUAAUAUUUUGUGUAUUCUAUUUGUUUAUAUAGUAGAUUUUUGAACUUCUUCCUUUCUUACACUCAUUUUUUGCAAACAGUUGAACUUGGAUCUAUAUAAUUGCUUACCUUCUUUCGCAAAUAUUUAGAAGAUGGAAAAAGAAAGUUAUAAAGAAAUUUUUUUUACAUUUGUAUUGCCAUAAAGAUUGUGUGAUAUUCAGGUCCAUAUGUCUACUGAAGAAACAAAAUGUAGAAUGAUUUUUUUUUUAUAGAACAGUGAUGCCCAACCUUUUUCGGCCUGCGGGCCAUAUACAUUUCCGACAUGCGUGUCGCGGGCCGCUUCACCGCAAAAAUACA